CCCUCGGUCCAGCUCUGGCUCUGCGUUCCGUCCUCCCAGCCAGCAGGUGCCCCUAGACCCCCGACUCCUCCUCUGCAGCCGUCAGAGCCUCAUCCUCUCUCCUUUCCGCUGCUUCCUGCUCCUGAGAUCCGGGCCCUGAGCGCUGGGACCGAGGCGCCCAAGGCUACCCGGGGCGCUUGGCCAGCUCUGUGUCUGCAGGUGCUGUGCAGCCUGGGGGGCUGGCUCUCCCUCUACAUUUCUUUCUGUCGCCUGAAUAAGCACCGAAGCUAUGAGUGGAGCUGCCGGCUGGUUACAUUCACCCAUGGAGUCCUCUCAAUAGGUCUCUCAGCUUACAUUGGCUUCAUUGAUGGCCCUUGGCCUUUUACCCACCCAGGCUCUCCCAAUACACCUCUUCAAGUGCACGUUCUCUGUCUCACCUUGGGCUACUUCAUCUUCGACUUGGGCUGGUGCAUCUACUUCCAGUCUGAGGGUGCCCUGAUGCUGGCUCACCACACACUGAGUAUCUUGGGCAUCAUCAUGGCCCUGGUGCUUGGAGAGUCAGGCACAGAGGUCAAUGCAGUCCUCUUUGGAAGCGAGAUUACCAAUCCCUUGCUACAGAUGCGCUGGUUUCUUCGUGAAAUGGGCCAUUACCAUAGUUUCACUGGAGAUGUGGUGGAUUUCCUCUUUGUGGCUCUGUUCACUGGCGUGAGGAUUGGCGUAGGAUCUCGCCUCCUCUUCUGUGAAAUGGUCUCAUCCAAGCCCAGGUGGUUUGUGAAGGUUGGGGGAGUAGCGAUGUACGUUGUCUCUUGGUGUUUCAUGUUUAGCAUCUGGCGCUUUGCAUGGAGGAAAAGCAUCAAGAAGUACCAGGCCUGGAGAAGCCGGCGGAGUGAGGAACGGCAGCUGAGACAUAACGGACAUCUCAAGAUGCACUAGCCAAGACUGGCUCCAGACACUGGAAUGGGUUAAGUCAGCCAUGGGAACCAGGUUGGAGAUAUGGCUAUUAUGAAAUCUUGCUUAUAACAAACUUAGGUUUCAAAAAAGGGCUCAAUGUUUCGAUCAUUUUGGUUGGUCUUCAAGCUGAACACAUCCCAGUAUUAAAACUCUGACUUCUACAGCAGUGCAGCUAUAGAAAGUGAGACUACCCAGCAGCGGGUGUAAGUCAGUCAGAGCUGCUUCCUUUUAGUUUGUGGUGACCCCAGCUCCUCUGUCCCUGGGAGGCUUGCUGAUUAGACAGCUUAGAAAGGAACUCAAAAAAGAUUAGUGCUAUUUCUUCUUUAUUCCUUUGAGCAGUGACUCCUUCAACAAUUGCUUUUUCCUGCAUUCCACAUAGCGACUGAAAGAAAUGCUCCCCAUUUAUUAUAACGCAAGGGACUUUCAGGAAGAUGCAUGCCUUUGGCAUUCCGAGCAUUAGAUCAGGGAUUUGAAAUUGGGGGCGGGGUAAAAGGAUGAGAGAAGGAUGGGAGUGAAUCUAUGGCAGUGGUAGGGGGCUACUUCCUGAGCCUCCCUAUACCAUCUACUUGGUAUAUACCAUAGAGGACUUCCUAUACUUGAGGUCCCCAAGAUCACCCUCGGGCUUGGGGCUUCACUAGGAAUACUCAUAGGACUCAGCCCUUAUUUGUACUCAUAACUUUGAUUUAUCAGAGCCAAAGGAUACAAGGAGAGAUCGGCAAAGGGAACUGGAGCAGAGUACAAGGGAAACCAGGCCCAAGCUUCCAGAGCCCUUUCCCAGGGGGAUCACACAGGAUGUGCUUAAUUCCUCUAGCAACGCUUCAUUCACAAUAUGUGUGAAAUGUCUAUCAAGCUUGCUAGAGACUUGGUACCCAAGGUUUUAACUGGGGGUUGAUCAUGUAGGUAGCCUUGGCCCGGCGUGCAGAGGUCAGCCUUUUCUUGACUCCCAGAAGCAAAGGAGGUAUUCACUGUGAACUGUUUCGUUUGCACAAACAGUUUUAGGCCCAGUGAGCCAUUCUUAGCAUUAAUGUGGGAGCUCUCUCGACAAAGUCCCCAGAUGCCAGCCAAGGGCUGACCUUGCAAACAGUCCUUUCCACAGACAGCAGUUCAGGCCUGCUUUCUUUACUUAUUGCUGCACAGAAACCAUAGAGCUAGAGCUUUCGAUGAGAGAUGAAUGAGGUGCAGGCAGAUUUACCGAGUCCUGUUGUACAGGUUCUGCCCUACCAGGAAAACUAUGCCAGUUCUCAGGGCUUUUGUGCAUUAAUCUCCUAGGCAUGAGAGGCUGUGACUGAAUUCCAUUGGGAUUUACCAUGUGGAUUCCACCGGGCUCGAGAUGCCAGUUCAGGUUUCAGCUCUGCUAUACAUAUUGCAAACUAGAACCAAAGACCAAAUGUCCUGGCCUCAGGGUGAUGAGGCUUUUUUUUU